AUGAUUUCUAAAACAAUCUUAACACCUAUUACAGAUUGUACAAAUAAUGAUGCUAAUAAUAAUGAACCUGCACAAACAGAUUCAUUGUCAUCUUAUAAACCAGCAUAUGUAUAUGAUUCAGAUGCUGAAUUAGUUGAAGUUCGUGAAGUUCAUCAUCAAAACAACAACAAAACCAACUACAAAUCUAACGAGAAUGUCUUAUCUGAUACAACAAAUGAAACAAAACUGUUACGUUCAUCAGCAGUGUGGCAAUAUGCUGUACGUGAUGAUAAUCGAAAUUAUGCAACAUGCUGUUUAUGUCCAGAUAACAAACGAAUAUCGACGAAUAAUGGUUCAACAACAACUUUACGUAAACAUUUAAUAGCAAAACAUAAUAAACUUGAUUUAAUUUUACCAAAUAGCAAACGAAAGCAUAAUAAAACAUUAUUCAAUCCUAUCAAGAAACAACAAUUACAUCAUAUGUUGAUUGGUUGUAUUAUUCGUGAUGGAAGAACAUUUAAUGAUUUUGAGAAAGCUGGUAUUAAGAAAAUUUUACAAGUACUUGUACCUGAUUAUGAACCUCCGAAUAGAUUUGCAGUGGUUCGCCAUUUAAAACGUCUCAAUGUAUUCCAUCACAAACAACUAAUUGACCAACUAACAUCUGUCAACAAUAUCUCACUGACAAUGGAUCUUUGGUCAAAUCGUCAGAUGCGAAGUUUUUUAGUUAUAACUGGUCAUUAUUUUGCUGAAAAUAAAUUUGAUUUACAAUCUACUGUUUUAAGCUUCUCCACAUUUGAUAAACAACAUGCAGCUGUUGAAAUUUCUCGAACAUUACAGUCCAAAUUAAAAGAACUGAAUAUUUUACAAAAAGUGGUUGGAGUAACAUGCGAUGGUGGUAAAAAUAUUAUACGUGCUAUUGAUGAUCUCGAUUUAAAUGUUAAGCGUGUGUGGUGUGUUGCACACCGGAUUCAUCUCACGAUUACAAAUGGUUUGGGUUUUUGGAUUGUUAAAAAAGAAACUGAUGAAGAGAAUACAAUCAUUCAAGAAGAAGAAAGUACCAAUGUGGUGAUGAAUGAUCAAGAAGAAGAAAUGUUAAUUGCUGAAGAAGUUCAAAACAAUAAUAAAAUGGAUAUUACUGAUGGUUUGGAAUUAGAUAAUAAUGAAUUUAUCGAUAUAAAGCAUGAUGAUAAUGAUGAAGAAUUAACAUCUGAUGCUGUCGAUGAUGAAAUUAUGGAUAAUUGGACAGAAGGUGUUAAUGAAUCAGAUGUUAAUAUUGUUUAUGAUCAAGAAAUUAUUAUUUGUCUUAUGCAGAAAUGUCGUGAUUUAAUUUCGAUGAUUAAACGUUCUACAAUCAUUACAUUGUUUUUCGAUAAUGAACGAAAAAAAAAAAAUAUUAACCGAAACUUAUGUUAUGAUGUUAAAUCACGUUGGAAUAGUACAUAUUGUAUGAUUGAUUCAUUUUUAUAUCUUCGUGAAGUAAUUGACAAAUUGUUUAAUUGUAAGCAUCAGUUGCACUUAAGACCAAAACAAGUUGCAAAAUUAUCUGGUUUUGAGUUUACAAGCAAUGAUUGGAUGAUAUUAUCUCAACUACAUUUAGUUCUUCGACCAUUUUUUCAUGCAACAAAAGCAAUGUCAGGUCGUCGUUACCCGUCGAUGGGAAUUGCUUUUUAUUUACUUACACGUUUAAAAUAUUUUCUUCAACAUCAUGACAAAAAAGAAAGUUUAAUGGUUAAACAUUUUAAACAAUUAUUACUUGCAAAAUUUUUAUAUUAUUUCGAAACUGAUGACGACCAAAUGUCUUUAUUAAAAGUACAUGCAUAUUUUGAUCCUGUUGGAUUUGCAGCAUUAACUGAUGUUGAAAAACGUUCAGUUGAACAAAGUAUUAAAAUAAUGGUUGCUGAUGAAAUAUUUCAUUCAACAGAAGUAACAACAACCUUAUUACCAACUACUACAACCAUAAUCACAACCAACACAACAAACAAAUCAAAUACCAGUGCUAUUGAUUUGUUCAAUGAAGCUAUUGGUGAAGCUGCUUAUGAAGGAAGUACAAUUAGACAAAAUACAAAGGCAACAAUUAUUAAUGAUAUUUAUAAUUAUCGAAAUUAUGUUACACAUUUUAACUUGAAACAUAAACCAGAUAUAGCAUUAUCAUCAAUAUUUUGGCAAUCAUACGGACAACAACUUCCAAUUUUGGGAAAAUUAGCACAAAAAAUAUUAAGUACACCUUCAACCUCAGUACCCAGUGAAAAUUGUUUUUCGGUGUCUGCGUUCUUGGGUAGAAAAGAACGCGCACGUUUAACCGGCGAAAAUCUUUCAUCGAGUGUUUUUCUUAAAGAUAAAAUAACUCUUUAA